AUGGCACCCUUCAUUCACAGUGAAGUGGUCAAUGCUCUCUCAUCCAUAAGCACCGCCCAGUCUGGAGAAGAGGAACCUGCAGUGUCAGAUGCCCUGAAGGCUUCAGAAGAGAUUUUGGCAAUUAUAUCAAUCCUGUUCAUCGUGCUUUCAACCAUUGCAUUAUCACUGAACACUCUACCAGACUUGCAAGAACUAGAUGAGUUUGGACAACUAAAUGACAACCCACAGCUUGCACAUGUUGAAGCUGUAUGCAUAGCUUGGUUCACAAUGGAAUAUCUCCUGCGCUUUCUUUCAUCCCCAAACAAAUGGAAGUUUUUUAAGGGGCCACUAAACAUUAUAGAUUUGUUGGCUAUUUUGCCAUAUUAUGUUACAAUUUUCCUAACAGAGUCCAACAAAAGUGUGCUUCAGUUUCAGAAUGUUCGUCGUGUUGUUCAGAUAUUCAGAAUUAUGAGGAUAUUGCGAAUUCUCAAACUCGCCAGACAUUCAACAGGUCUUCAGUCACUGGGAUUCACACUUAGGAGAAGUUACAAUGAGCUGGGAUUACUGAUAUUAUUUUUAGCCAUGGGUAUAAUGAUAUUUUCUAGCUUGGUAUUUUUUGCUGAGAAGGAUGAAGAUGCUACAAAAUUUACAAGUAUACCAGCAUCAUUUUGGUGGGCUACCAUAACCAUGACCACCGUGGGCUACGGAGACAUCUAUCCAAAGACACUACUUGGCAAAAUAGUUGGGGGUCUCUGCUGCAUUGCUGGAGUUUUAGUGAUUGCACUGCCUAUUCCAAUCAUAGUAAACAAUUUCUCAGAGUUUUACAAAGAGCAGAAGAGGCAAGAAAAGGCAAUUAAGAGGAGAGAAGCACUUGAAAGAGCAAAAAGGAAUGGAAGUAUUGUUUCCAUGAAUCUGAAAGAUGCAUUUGCUCGCAGCAUGGAAUUGAUCGAUAUCGUUGUAGAUAAGUCUGCGGACGGAACUGAUAAAGUAGAGAAAGCUAAUGAUAAUCAUUUGUCCCCAAGUCGAUGGAAAUGGGCACGAAGGACAAUGUCAGAGACAAGUUCAAAUAAAUCAUUUGACAAUAAAUAUCAGGAGGUCAGUCAAAAUGACUCUCAGGAACUAUUAAACAAUUCUUCAUCCAGCCCACAGCAUCUCAGUGCCCAGAAACUAGAGGAGCUGUACAAUGAGAUCACAAAAGCACAGUCACAUCCUAGUGUGGAUUCUUCAUAUCAUGAGCAAUCUGUCAUCCCUCCUGCAUAUGAGGAGGAAAUAGAAAUGCUGGACGUGUCAGCAAAGAGGGACCAGCUAUCAGUUGCCCCAAAAGAUAUUAUUACGGAUAUGAGAAGUGUAUCAAGCAUUGACAGUUUUACCAGUUGUGCAACAGAUUUCACAGAAGCUGAACGAUCCCCCCUUACACCAUUUCCUGGAAGUAACCUUGAAAUUAGGUUCCCUUCAUACACCGUGCCUGAAGAAGGCAGCCAUGAAGUUAAAGUGUCCCAAUUCUUGCCACGUUCCAAAUACACAGGUUUUGCUCCAAAAGAUGUCACAUUUGAGUAUAAGUUGUCAGAAACUUCCGGAACCCCAAAAAUACUUCUGCAAGAACAGAUCAAUAAUGAGGUAGAAGAUGAACAGGGUUCCAUGAAGGGAAAUAACCCUGUAAGAUCAAGAUCUCUGAGAGUAAAUUCAAAGCAAUCCAAAAGCAGUGCUCUACAAAAUCCCGCAAGUAUUACUAGUACCUUGCGGACAAACACAUUAGAACACCCACUGUACACUCAUCUUCAACUAAGCACACUUUUUUUGCAAGACUAUUCUUCCUCAGAGGAACCGAUACUGCCAAAAGCUCACUCACCAGGUGGACUUGCAAGACCUCUCAUAUCACCUUCUCGAAAUCCCAAACUGUUUUCACUUUCUUCAAAGAAGAGAAGCAGCUUUACAGAAAUAGACACAGAAGAUGAUGACUUCAUGCAGGUAUGUGGCUCAAAGCAUGAUACUCAGGAGGACAUACAAACUAACUGCAUUGAGGAGCAGAAUGAAGGAACCAGUGUACCCACUGACACUGAUACAGUCUCUUUGCAGAAAAAUAUCAAUCAAAACUGUACUCAGGACAUUUACAUGGCAGGAGAGGACGUUAAGCAGGACAAUAAUCAGGAGGAAAGCAAAGUAGAAAAUCAUCUAUUUGUCCCAGAAAUUCACUCAGAGACUGGAGAAACAGGUUAUUGUCAGACACGUGAGACCAGCAUGUGACUAGUUGCAAAAGCAAUAAAGACUUUUUUUCUUAAAAGCACUAAGGUUGGUAAUGCCUGUGAACGCAAAAGGAAAAGCCUCAAAGACAUCCAUAAACUAAUAAUUUUGCAUGGCAUGAAGAACUGCUUAGUUAAAUAGUUCAGGAACUACCUUUUGUAACAAAAUAUAUAAUGACUCAGCAGCAGUGUGUAAUAAUGAAAGCCCUUCCUAAGAGCCAGUGUAUUGCAAAGCCUGACAUUCUUGAUCCUUUAAUCCAUGACUGUAGAUGUGUUUUGGAGCGUUUAAAAGAAAUGUAGCGUUCGAAAGGAAGGAUUAAGUGUCAAUGCAUGCAUUAAAAAAUAAAAAAACAGGUGGAAAUGAGGUGCUGUAAGCUUUAAGGAAGCCUAUAUGUAUAUUAGCUCAAAGAUGGAGUAUAGAUAAUCAAGAUACAUACAUGGAACCCAACCAUUGGGACACAGGUACUUCCUUCACAGUACAUUGCUUGGAGGACUUGUACAGACUUACAUUAUGUUGCAAAACUGCAACCUUACUUUUAGCUGGUCUGGUGUUGCAGAGGUUGGCUUUACAACACAUUGGAUAAUUACGUGUUUUGCAAGGCUUACCAACACUGGAAUCGUUAUGCAACUGAAGUAAAAUGUUUUCUGUUAAGAGGUCUUUGUUGGUUUCAAUUAAGAGGAUAUUUUUUAUUUUUGUGUGCUAUAAUUCACUGCAGAUUUUUGCUGUGCAUAAGAUUGUUUUUUUGCAUUUCUUAUUAAAAAAUAAUAAAGUUAAAAAAAAAAAACAGGCAAGAUUUAACAACCACAAAUACUAGUGUGAAGACUGAUGUUUAAUGUGUUAACUUGCCAAAAAUGUUGUCAAUGAUAAUGUCCCACUGUUGAUUACCCAAAGUACAGUAAUUGAUCGCCACGUAAAUAGUGCCAAUUGCCAUGAGUUUGCAAUAUACAUGAUUAAUGUCCUACUGUGUAUUAUUUUCCAGUCGAUAUUUUUCCUUUAUGAUCGUGGAUGAGUGACUAAUCAGGUUCAACACUUCCACACAUAUUUUAUUACCAAUAAAGACCACUUAUGUCUGGCACAUUCCAACAACUUAUUGCAUCUUUACAUUGUAUCUUCAUUACAUCAAAGACAGAAGUUCAAUAUGGUAUGGCUAAU